AUGGGCAAGGUGCAAAUGCAACCACCAUUACUACCACAACAUGACCAGCAAUCUAGAACCCAAAGACUAGAAAAGGCUAGGGAGCAAAAGACAUUCGGACUAGAUGAGAUUGUACUGAGGGACGUUAAUAUUGUAAAUGAUCCGCUAAUUGUCAAAAGAUUAUUUCGGAAAUUGGGCAACGUGCACGAGCAACUUCCAUCGCUGCCACAAUAUGAUCAAGAUAUCCAAUCUAGAAAUCAAAAACUAGAAAAGGCUAGGGAGAUUUAUGAACUGGAGCAGAAGACAUUCGGAUUAUCUGAUGUUGUUCAGCGGGAAAUUAAUAUUGUUAAUGUUCCACCAAUGAUGAAAUAUUAUGUCCAUACCUUAUUUUACUUUCUCUAUGGAACUGUUUUACAAUUUUGUCAUCGUGGUGGAUGGACUGUUCGCCAAAUGAUCAGUCAUUUUACAUCUUCCUGUGUACUUGAAGAACCAAAGGGCUGUGAAGUGUGGAGAACCGAAUCUGUAAAUGGACCAAAUCAAACUGCUAAACAAAAAGCUCAAAUGGACCAUUGGUUUGCAUGGCAGAGACUGAAUGGUGUAAACCGAAAUCUUAUCAAACUAGCGACAGAAAUCCCUCAACAAUUUGCACAUUGUGAAAAAACAAUAGAAAAUGACCAUCCAUAUCUGGGAGGAAAGUGCCUUAAAGCUCAUAUAUGUGAUAAAACAUUGUUUAUUGUGGACCUGACAGAAGUAUCUUUGAAUGAACCAUCACUCUUAGCUCCUAUUGCGUUAUUCACAACGUACAAAAAUCUGCUGAUGCCAGUAGCAAUUUGUUUUGACAAUAAUCCUCAUAACAAUGUGGUAUAUACUCCACCUUCGAGAGAUUCUGAUUCUGUAGACAAACUUCAAAAGUGGGUAAAAAGCAGAGUUUGGUUCAAUAUGUUGGAUGUUCAAUAUCAUGAAUCGAUCACUCAUGUAGGCUUUACACAUCUAUUGAUGGGAGGAGUAAGUGUGUGUGUGCACAGAAAUCUCUCUGAAAGACACCCAAUAUACAAACUAAUGCUUCCCCAUUUCCGCUACAUGCACUACAUAAAUGAACUGGCUGUAUUGGAUGUGAUUAAUCCUGGAGGAUUAAUUGAUAAAAUUAUGUACAUCGGACAAAGAAACAUGGUGAAAUUGUUAGCAAAACACAAUGAAAAAUGGUCAUUUGAAGAGCAUGGAUCAAUAGAAAAUAACUUCCGCAAGCGAAGUGUCAUGGAUAUACCGGGGUACUUUUUCAGGGAUGAUGCCUUACUGCUACAUAAAGUGAUACAAAACUACGUUCACGAAUACGUUACAAAUUACUACGACGCUGACCAGGAAGUUUUACAAGACCAGGAAAUUCAAGCCCUCAGAGCUGAACUUGUAGCACCAAGGUCCAUGAAUGGAGUGGGAGGGUGUGGAUUGCUGGGUGUACCAGAGUUUGACGGAAUAGCUAAUGUCGUGAAGGUGUUGACGAAUUUUAUCUACAUCUGUAGUGUGGAGCAUUCUGCAACAAACUUUCCACAGUAUGCACAAUAUGCCUUCCCCCCAAACAUGCCUGUUAUUUUGAAUGGCCAACCCGACGUAGAAAACGGUUUACCUGACCUUGACGCAUCAAUGCCUACAGGGCCAGAAUUUUCCUCCAUAAUAGAAUUGACGACGGGUCUGAUUGCUACUAGGACUAACAGCCUUGGCAACUAUGAGUCUGAGUACUUGUGUGCAAUGGACGAUGCUGGAAGACACAUUGUGCGAAAGUAUGUAUGA